AGUUGUAGUAUAUCAAUGCAGUAUCAAAUUCAAGGAAAAGCAAAGAAAGUGUGUAUCACAUUCACACCAUUCACCAUGCCAUCAUCAAAAUCAAAAGCUUUAUUUUUCAUCAUCAAGAUAUUAAUGUUGAAUAUCAUAACACCAGUGAUGAUACAUGCAUGUGGUACAUGCACACCAAAUCCAGCACCUCACCACCACCACCACAAACCAAGCCAUCCAAAACAUCCACCGCAUCACGGCGGUGGAAAAGGACGGCCAAUAGUGACUCCUCCUCCCGUUGUUGUCGUCCCGCCGAUUAUCGUCACUCCGCCUCUGCUACCACCUCCGACGAUCAUAUAUCCUCCACCAACAGUAUCUCCUGUUUUUCCUCCACCAGUAGUUCAUCCAACUUGCCCAAUCGAUGCACUCAAACUUGGAGUUUGUUUGGAUGUUCUUGGAGGUCUUGUUCAUGUUGGGAUUGGAAACCCUGUGGAGAAUGAGUGUUGUCCUGUUAUUCAUGGAUUGCUAGAUCUCGAAGCUGCUAUUUGUCUUUGUACUGUUAUUAGGGCUAAGGUUCUUAAUCUGAAUAUUUUCCUUCCUCUUGCUCUUCAAGCUUUAGUCACUUGUGGGAAAACUCCUCCUCCUGGUUUUGUUUGUCCACCUCUUUAAACUAUGAGUAAGCUGUACGUGCAUGCAUGCAUGCAUUAUCCUUACAUACUUAAGUAUUAUCAAAGUUAAUUAGUUGUUUAGUUAAUUUCUAGUUAAUUGCUCUACUAAAUUAUGCGUUUUUAUCUUCUAAUUAGGAUUUUCGGGUUUAUGUAAUCACAAGUUUAAUUCAUAAUAUGUGUAAGUACUAUAUUAUGUAUUACUGUAUUAUCUCCUUUUCGGGUUUUA